CCUGGUUAUUCUGGCAAGAGUCGUCACUGUUGUCAGAGCGCAAAUCACCAAAGCGUACCGCGUAUGUACAUGUACACCUGUGUCUAUACGCUGCAGAGAGAUACAGCCGCUGUCGGCUUCAAAUUCAAUUGCUGCCACCGCGUCAGAGAGAUCGGGCGCCUGCUCAAUCACUCUGCCAAAAGCCUUUCAUUACCAGCGUUCUCAUCGGGAAAAAGAGAGUUCCUGGUUUGCCGUUUACGGUGAUUUAACUCUAGACCAUUAAAACCGUUUGCUGGAGCGAAUCCCCUGUAAUUGCCGCAUUUGGCCGUUCGAGGACUCGUAAUUUUGUUGAGUUUUGAGCAUCGGUGGUCGAAGGAUGAGACCGGCGUGCGUUCUGAUCCUGUGCCUGCUGUUGUCGGCUGAGGUGAUGUGGCUGGCAUCAGCCGGGCGCGGGAGAGGGAGAGAUCGGGGCCGCGACCGGGACCGCGACCGGGGCGAGAGGGUCCGGAUACGGAAGAAGCCCAAGGGCCGGGACUGCGGCCGCAUCAAGGAGAACGUGUGCACGGGGGUCGGGCUGCCGUACAACCGCACCGCCCUGCCCAACGUGUUCGGCCACUCCAACCAGAAGCUGGUGCGGCAGGAGGUGCAGAACUACCGCUCCCUGAUCGAGUCCGGCUGCUCCCCCUACAUCCGGGUUUUCCUCUGCGUUUCCCUUUUUCCCGAGUGUCCUCGAAGGAAACGAGACGAUCCCAGGCCGCCGUGUCGAUCCCUGUGCGAGAAGGCCCGGCGUGACUGCGAAUCGACCCUGAAUGACCACGGCUUUGCCUGGCCCGCUGAGCUGGCCUGCGAGAACUUGCCCGAGCCUCGGCGGGAAGAGAAGCGAAGCAGAUGCAUCAAUUAUGAACCGCCCAGGCCAGAGUACUGUAGCCUCCAUAAGGACGUGGGCCCUUGCCGGACCUACUAUCCCUACUGGUACUUCGACACGGGCGCGCAGACCUGUCAGCCGUUCACGUACGGCGGUUGCUUUGGUAACCAAAACCGCUUCUCGUCCAAGGAGGAGUGCCUGCGGACUUGCGGCAUGGGUCUAGAGGAGACAGAUGAGUUGACCACGACUGCGGACAAGCAGAUGGACACCACGACAGUGGCGGGGACCACGACCACCAUCACCGUGUCGCAGGUUCCAGUCAUCGAUGGUUUCCCGCAAGACAGCAUGAUCGCUGAGGGUCAGGGGGUCACCCUAAAGUGUCACGCCGAGGGCGCCCUGGAGUACACGUGGUCGCGAGUUGAUGGCGCUAUGCCAGAGCAAAAAAUAGUCAGCGAGAUGGUGGUGAACAGCGAGGCCAUCUUGGUCCUCCACAACCUCACUAGCCAGGACUCUGGCUUCUAUCAGUGCAUGGCGGAGAAUGAUGCUGGAGUCGCUGAGGCUUCGGCCAAGAUCACAGUCAUGGCCCGUCCCCAGAUUACGCAGAUGCCACUAAACAUGACCCUCAACAGAGGAGAUCCCUUUGAGUUGAUUUGCCAGGCCACGGGGUCGCCACAACCUAGAGUAACAUGGGAGCGUAAGGACGGCAAGCGGGUCCUCAUGAGGCGGAGCGAGAGUACGGCCCUCUUGAGCCAGGAAUCAGCCAGUACCUCCGAUGCAGGGAUCUAUUACUGCAAGGCCACCAAUUCACUGGGAUCCACCACUCAAAUGGUGCACGUCCGAGUGCUCGUGCCUCUCACAUUAUACCAACCCCCGACGAGAAACAUGACGGGCAACUUAGGGGAGGCGGUCACCUGGUCCUGCGCCGCAUCGGGGUUCCCUCUGCCGAGCAUACAUUGGGAGAGGAUUGGAGGCGAUCUGCCCGAGGACAGAGUAACCUUGGACGGUAUGAUGGAGACAAGCGUGGACGGCACAAAAGACGUUCUGUCAAAAUUGACCUUGUCUGACCUCCAGCCGAACGACACAUCCGAGUACAGGUGUGUCACCCAAGGCACAACGGGAAACGAAAGCAGUGUGUUUAGUCUGAUGGUAAACGUGCCACCUCGUUGGAAUGAAAAGCCGAUUAGUAAAACGGUUACCGAAGGUGAUGACGUCACUCUCCGAUGCGAUGCACGUGGUACUGAACCACUUAAUGUCACGUGGCGUAUCGAAAACGGCGAGAAUAUCAGCAUGCCUUUCGACAUCUACCCGCGUUUCUCCAUCGACAGCAAUACCAAUUCCUUCCGAAUCGCCGGUGUGCAGCCCGCCGAUAAGGAGUUCGUCUACCAUUGUGAGAUAGCCAACGAGGCCGGAGCCAUAGCAGCUAGUGCUAAACUUCAAGUCAUAGAGCAUUGGCAGUUGCCCACAAUUGCCGCCCCCUUGCCCAACAAGACCGCCUUCGUGGGCGACGAUGUGCGCAUGUCCUGCCAAGCCUCGGGAGAUCCUGCGCCACAGGUGGCGUGGUUCCUGCAGGACCUUAGCAUCGAUACACUGCGGGAUGCGCGGUUCACCGUCAGUGAGAGCGGGGAGGAGUUGCAGGUCAGGAACCUGAAUCUGCGAGAUUCCGGCACCUACAGCUGCGUGGCAGCUAACGUGAACGGGAUCAAGAGAGUGAAAGGCGAACUCCGCGUCGUUGAGCCAAGCUUGAAGUUGACAAACGGCCUCACCAACACCACUGUCGAGAACGGCAGCGCACUGAACCUUUUCUGUGCAGCCUCUGGCGAGCCUAAGCCUGAAGUCACGUGGUUCUUCAACGACAAGCCAAUCAAUGUGACCGUGUCGCCGUCCUACAUCAUCGAGGGCGGGGCGUUGACGGUGAGGGAGAUGACGUCACAGCAUGAGGGCAAGUACGGCUGCUUGCUCAACAAUGAGUUCUUUGUGGUGUCGUCGAUCGCCAUGGUCAACAUCAGUCGAAGACCAGCCACGCCCACAACAGAUAAUGAGGUCUCCAUCCCAAUGUUGAACAAGACAUCAUCAGUAGACCCACCAAAGACGCCUGGAAUGGAGAACGCAUCCUGCCAACCGUGCCCAAAGCUCCAAGCGAUACCUUGCGACGGCGAUCAAAGGCCCGCCAUCAAGCCUCGUCGCUAUGACAUAACGGACGCUGGCUUGAAGGGAUACUUCCGGGGAUGGGUUGACGUCACAGGACAGGGCGCCGCCAACGACUAUUGUCGAAUUAUCAUGACGCCGACCCGUGGUCUAGACACGUCAUUGCAGCUAGCCUGCGCUUUAGCCGGCACUGAGAACCACAGCGAGUACAACUACAUGUCCGGCGAGCGGUUUGAUGCCGGCCACAUGGACACGUGGUACAUGAGAGACGAGGACGGCGACGGGAGGGACGACUACUGCAGGUGCACCAGCGACGCUCCAGACGGUCAGUAUGUCUACUGCACCAAGGCCGACAUCGGCGGGUUCCACGGAGCCCCCGGCGUGGGCGAGUCACAGUAUUCCUUCAGGGUGCCCAACGGUGACCGCCGGCUCCUCCGGAAGUGCCGCAAACGGAAGGUGGACCCUUUCUUUGGGGUGGCCAGCUUGUCUGACAACUGAGGCAGGGGUAACUCAUCAGUUCCCAGAAGAGCCGCGACAUGAAUUAUCUACUUGGUCAGACUGACGUCCAAAUUCUGUGAGCAGUAUUGCUACUAAUGUUGACUACUUAAUUAAAUCCUAGUCCUACCCAAGUAACGAUCACAAGUUUAGAGAGUGAGUCAAGUUUCAUUUGAGAGAUGUCCGGAAGGCAUGCUGUCUUUGAAAAAAGGAACUUGGUGGUACGUUUCACCAUGGCAGUUUUGAUUAACGGAGGCUGAAGUAUAUUGAUAAUGUGUUUGGCAAAAUCAGAUGUACUUAUUGCUAAAACUCACGUCACACCGACUAACCCGAGGCUGAAAUGGUUUUUAAAAGGGGAAAAUAAUAUCUCAGAAUUUUGGAAAGAUGCCAAACAAGUUGAACCCUUGUGAAUGAUUUUUAUUUUGUCUAAAAUACUAGUUAUGCAGUAUUAAUUAAAAAAAAAAGAAACCGAAUUGUUUUCAACACUCAAGUGGCGCAUGUCUGAACACUAGUUUGUUUCAUGGCCAUUCCUUAGUCAUGUGACCGCCUUUCCACCAAUCAAAUUUUACUCUCCGGCCACGUGGAUUGCUGUCAACCAACUGGAACACCUGAAAUAUUAAUGAAUGGCAUUUCGAAAUACAGAAAACUUGUACUAUAAUUAUUUUUUGACGAUCGGGGGAAAAAUGAAGAGAGAGAAUUGGUAUUUUUUUAAAACUGUACACUACACGGUACUUCUACGGGUAUCCAGAGCGGAUGCGUUGGUUCGCCAUGAACGCUCGAGGGGCAAAGUUAAAGAGGUGAAUUGCGAGAAAAAUGUGACACACAGAGACUGUAUUUGGAAUUACCUUUUUACACUUGCUUGACUUUAAUUAAUAAAGCCAUCUUUGUGUAAUCUCUAUAUUAACUAUUUUUGCAGGUCAGUUAAUAUUCGCUAUAAAUAAUGUUAUGAUGUUGAUACGCUUGUUUUGGAAAAUAGUUACGAUUUUAGAUGAGAUUUGUAAACGUUAGAGGAAGAAGGAUCACUGGAGGUGGAAGAAAAAUGGAACAUUUUUGUUUCUGGUAUGAAAAGCUGUUGGAGAGUGGGGACUGUCAUGUGAUCGAUGGGUACCUUAUCGUUCUUGUGAGGGGGUAUAUUCCAGGAAUUCUGUCUUGAGCAGAAAAAAGCCAUGUAGUUCGGGCGUGUCCUUUUUGUUUGUAGCGACACGAUCGCAACGCGUGCAUUUUAUGUUGUCGCGUUUUGCUGGGUGACAUUUUGUUUCUCACAGAUCUGGUUUACGAUCAGUGAUCCAUUGUUGGUCCACUGACACCAGAACCUGUGUAACGGGAUGGAGCACAAACCAGCCUAGGGACCUCGUGAUUCAGAUCCGUGUCAAAUAAACAGGCCCUUCCAAGAAAUUGUACCUAUAGAGUAAAACGUUGCUGCCAUCUCUGUGGUGUAUGAGAGGCCGUUUUUUUAAAGUUUAAUACGACAGCAAACAAGGUUUACUUGAGCCAGUCCAAGUGAUACAAAGCUUUUGUCCUCUGAGGAUGUGUUUCGCAUAACCUCUGUGGUGAACUUUGAUUUUUAGGGGCCAGCUUGGUAUGGAUAGAACUCCAGUGGUCUUAAGCCUUGCUAUUUGUUGAAAUUUAGUCUGACAAUCGCUGGAUGGUUAGGCCUUGUUUUGGAAAGGGCGCAUAUAUUUAAAUUGAUGUGACGGAAUUUAGCUGUGGGGUGCAUCAAGCUUAUACACCUGUGAAUUCUCCGUUUACAUCACUGUUGUAGCUUUUGGCCUUCCAAUGGCUGGAGAACUAUUGCCGGGCAUUAUUACACAAGCAAAAGAACAGAUCUUGUGUUAAUCUCAAGAAAAUCUCAUGAAGCCCGAAUGUAUACUGUAUAGUAUUUCAUGUGCCAGAGUUGCAUAUUAGAGAGAGUAGCACCAGCUUCAGAUUUCGGAAACAAAAUGGCUGCUCAAUGUGUGUACAGUAGAGCAUGUGGCCAUUGUAUACUGUCCAUGUGCACUGGCCUAUACACCUGCCAGUUGGUUUCCAGUAAUGCCGACACUCAUGUCGCAAUUCUCUACACCUGGCUCUGACAAGUGUCAACCCUCUGUAACAUUAUCUAGGGGUGUCCAUUUUGAGGUAAACAGUGAACUCCAAACUGGCCUACCCCACAUGGAAGGCAGUAGGGAAAAGGUCUGUAUCAAUUGUGUCUCGCUGAUACUAGGUAAAACGAGCACGAACACGGAAUGGCUUCAGAAUGGAAAGUCCAGUGUUCCUGCACAACUUCUGUUCAGAUUUCCAAAGAGCUAGUUAUAUAAACAUGCUGUCAAUUUAAGUUUGUAUAAUUCGAUUGUGAAGUUGGCUACUAAUAUCAGCAUAAGACUUGCCCCUUAGGGUAUGCAUCGUGAACUUACAAAUUUGUAAAGUUCAGGACACCGUUGUAUUUGACAGUAAGCUUUGAGAUGAUUAUUUCAACCAUCGUGUACAUGUCUGUAUAGUGAAAAAAAGUACAUUAAAGUGACAAGCUGUGUUUCCGGUGCCAUUUUA